ACUGCAGUGUUUUAGCAAGCGAGUAGCCUGCAAGCAGUGGGGGUAGAGAACAGGGGAGGGUCUACCGAGUGGGAAUGGUGCUGAUCGGGGUUACCGAACUGUGUUGUGAUCGUAUUACAGAAGAGAGGGAAAGGUUGUCUGUAAUGGCACAUUGCUAACACACAGCAAGAGAGAGCUGCUACACUGGAUUUUCCUAUCGAGAGGAUUUCGCACCGGUCCGUUAUUUAGCUAGGGUUUGAGAAGACGUUACGGAGCCACCACCAUGUCAUCCGAAUGGAUUUUCGGUAACUGCUGGAUACACACACGAAAGUGAAAAUCAACAGAACGUUACUCGUCUGCGGCUGCUUCGCUCCUAAAGGCUAGCGUUGCCUCUCACUAUGGCCGAAUGUUCAUCCGAACUGGAUGCUAAGACAGUCCGCGUGAAAACACGUUUUUGUCUAGUUCACAGAAUGCGCUGGUCACGGUAGAUAUGAUUGUCGUCAACCAAGCAUUGAACUGCAACAAGCAAAGGUUUUAACCCUACAUUGCUGUAUGACCACCAGCCUCCAUUACAGCGGAUGGUCUCAACAGCUGGAGGUUGGAUUACUGUUUCUCUGUAUAAUGUUUCAGUAUAGUGACACUCAGCGUGCAUCUAUAAAAAUACCCAAGCAUUGGACUGUGAUCAUGUGCAUCUAAAGGAUCUUGCGGUGUUUUGACCUUCUUGUUGGCGGUGUAAUUUUCGUAAACACGUCGAUCCUCAGGCGUGCCCACAGUGCCAUAUCGUGCUAAGGAAAGUAAAAGUAUCAUCAAUCAUGUUUUCGGUCCGCAUUGUCAAUGCUGAUUAUUACUUAGCUUGUCCUAUUAAGGAUUUGGACGUGUGCCAUUCGGAAUUCAGAGAAACUGGAGUGAAGAGGGUGCCUGUCGUCCGGAUCUUCGGGGCAACACCUGGUGGCCAGAAGACGUGUCUGCACCUCCACGGCAUCUUCCCCUACAUUUACGUCCCGUACGAUGGCAUCAGCGCGCAGCCCGAGCGCUACCUGCACCAGGUGGCCUACAGCAUCGACAGAGCCCUCAACGUCUCCAUGGGCAACCCUUCCUCCAACGCCCAGCACGUCUUCAAGGUGACGCUGGUGUCUGGCAUGCCUUUCUAUGGGUACCACGCCAAAGAGAAGCCCUUCAUGAAGAUCUACCUGUACAAUCCGCAGAUGGUUAAGAGGGUGUGUGAGCUGCUGCAGGGAGGAGCGGUGAUGAACAAGAGCUUCCAGCCGCACGAGGCCCACAUCCCCUACCUGCUCCAGCUCUUCAUCGACUACAACCUGUACGGCAUGAACCUCAUCAACCUGGGAGCCGUCAAGUUCCGCCGCCGCCCACCACAAGCUGGGGAGGACUCUGCGGUGGCAGGGGGCAGUCAGGGCCCCAGCAGCACGCACCCCCAGUGCCCCUGGAAGAGCCUCAACACCUCCAAACUCAACGAGAGCGCGCUGGGGGGAUCCUUCACUCGCUGGGAUGAGGACGCACUGCCCUGCUCUCUGGUUCUGGAGGCGGUGGCGAGGCAGAGCACGUGUGAGCUGGAGGUGGACGCCGUGGCCGUAGACGUGCUGAACCGUCUGGAGAUCGAGAAUCAGAUAGGGAGGAACCCGGGACUACAGGCCAUCUGGGAGGACGAGAAGCAGCGGCGGAGAGAGAAGAACGAGUCUUCCCAAAUCGAAACCCCCGAUUCCCAGGAUCGCGGGCUGCUAGAUGAUGUGGAGAGUGAGAGGAUCUUCAUGAAGAGACUCAAGGAGAUUCUACGUGAAAACUCAUUCAAUGUGACCCAGUCUGGGGACAGCGAGGAGGACGAGCCCUUCCCUGGUCUCUCACUACACCCCGAUGUCCUGCCCCCACAGGACCUGCACGCUCCUCCCGCUAGCCAGGUGGAGACGCACAGGGACACGGCCACAGAUACCAAGAGACCUGGUGGGCGGGAAGCUGACUCGGCCAUUGUAGAUGAAGAGGCCAUUCUCAGUCUACUGGAGAACAGUCAGACCUUUCUUCCCCUCUCACAAUCAUCCAAUCAGUCCGGACUGGAGAACAGCCAGGACAGGGCCUUGGAUGAACUCCUGGCUGGGUUUGAGGACCCGAGGUUUCAGGCUGAUGUGGGCAGGCAGGUCACCAACAGUGGGAGCUGCCCUUACAACAGCGACGAGGAGGAGGCAGGACCGGAGAUGGAGAGGGAGGAGGCGGAGCUGAGUAUGCUGAUGUCACAGAGAUGGGAUAAUGACAUUCCUGAGCAGUCAUCAAGACAAAGACUCAGUCUCAAGGACAAGGGUGAGGGCUCCAGUGAGGACCAGCAGGACUCAUCAGAGGAGGAGAUGGACUGGAGUGGAAAUAACUCCCUCUUCGCUGACCUGUCAAUACCCCAGUUGGAUGGGGCUGCAGAUGAGAACAGUGAUGCAUCACCGAAGGACAAAAGCUCCAGGAAUCAUUCAUCGCUGCCUGCUACCGACCAGAUUCUUGCCAAGCGGAAUCCCUUCCAGAGUGACGCUGUCCACAUGGAGCCCCCAUCCUCAGCCAAAAUCCUUCUGGACUGCACACAUCCUGAGCACAGGCAGGCCCUGGCCCCUGAAAGAGAGGAAUCAUUAGACAAGCACUUUAUCUCGAAAGGCUCCAUCAGUCAGGAGAGCAGUGAAUGUUCAACUGGAUUUAAAGUCAAUAAAGAGAUACCUUACAUUCAGCCAGUGAAACACCCCAUCCCCUGCAGCAUGGCCAACAGAGCAGAGGUGUCCCCUAUUGGUGUGGAAAAAAUGGCUGUGCACCCCCUGUACAACUAUGAAAGCAGUACUAUUGCCCUGAACAAGUCAGACCCAGACAGCCUACCCUUUGGAAAUGGAAAAAUUACUCAGAGUAGGAAAAAGUACAGCAGUAUUAAAAACAUGGAAAAGAACCACUUGUCUCUUCUCCAAAACCACAGGAGCUUCUCGUUGUGUUACUCUGAGUUAAUGAGCUGCCCCACAACAGCAGACAUUGAACUGAGCCAGAAAGAUUGUAAGAGUCCUGUGCCAAGGAGUCUGGAGCAGGCAUCAAGUCCCAUGGAGGAGAGCAUGCUCCUGGAUCCUCAAGAAGGUGAGAUGGGCAGUGAUGGGGAGGAGGGCGACGUUGGCGAGUUGAAAAUCAGGUAUGAGGAUUAUCAGGAGAACAAGACCGAGCGAACCAUUGUGGCACAGCAGGAGGCCCACUAUAAGUUUUUCCCAAGUGUCAUACUCUCAAACUGCCUCACUAGACCAGCAAAAAAGAAUGUAAUGAGUAAAACUGGGGAUAGUUCUGGAAAACCCAGUCAGCCAGAGCAGAGACGAUCCAGGCUAAAGCUCAGCAAAAAGGCCAUUCGUGCUGCCACCCAGAGGAAAGCUAAUGUUGUGGACAGCCCCACCCCUGAUGUCCAACCUCCAAAGGAUGACACAGACUUUACAGCAAUUACACCUGUUUGUCCAAAGAGUGUAGAAAGUAAUGAGGAGAUGGAGACUCCAGAGAUGGAGACAUCAGAACCUAAGACUGAAGGUCAUGUACCUGACGAACCAGUGGAGGCUCCCAUUGAAGACAGAUUAACACCGCUCACUGAGCUACCAGCCAAAGUGGCUUGCACUAAAGUGUCAAGUUUGCCAGGUAGCAAAUACACUUUGAGGGCAAAGCGGAAAAUGAGCUAUGACAGUGAGGAUGGAGAGCACUCUAGCGCAAUUCUAAAGCAGGCUACCUCAGUACCAGAAAACCUGAAAGACAACUGUGUACUCAGUGGGCAGGAGUUCAAGAAUCAAAAGCGGAGAAAGAUUUCCAAGAAAGAGCCACCAAUCAUCAUAAAGUACAUAAUCAUCAACAGAUUCAAAGGUCAGAAGAACAUGCUGGUGAAAAUGGCUAAAGUGAACGCAGAAGAGCCGCAUGUGACCUUGACACCAGAUAAAUUGGAACAAUAUAACAGACUGGCCCCUUUAAAAACCUUCUGGCCCAAGGUGCCAGAGUCAACUGCAGUUAAGUUUCCACCCUGUGAACAAAAGAUAAAGAAACCCUCAAAAAAGAAGGCCAAAGUUAACCCCACUACAAAGAAAGCUAACCCUCCUGCCCCUCCAAAAGCCAGAAGUAAGCCAGGUGUCAAAGUUCAGAAUGGCAAAAAUGCAUUACCUAUACCCAGCCUGCCAGCUCCUUGGCCUUGUUACAAUGACCUCACUGAUGACUACUCAACGGAGUAUUCAGAUGUGAUGGUUGAGUUAGGUUAUCUGUCUGACAGGGCUCCUAGUCCCACUGACUCAACACCACCACGUUGUUGGUCCCCAUCUGACCCCAUCAUGGAAUCCACCUUCAAUGAUCACUUGAUCAAUCCAUUCAAUGAUCCCUGUCUAGGCUUCCCAUAUCAAGACACCACAUCAGAUUUGCAAGGCCAAGGGUCUCAGCGCAAAAGUCGCACAACCAAGCCCAGGAAGGCAGCUACUGUAAGUCCAAGAAGAAAGACUAAGGCCACCAAGCAGUCAGACCCUCCGCCUGCCAAAGAUAAUACAAAGCAGGCCAGUACUCAAGGUAAUGGAAGGAAACAGAAGAAAGAUCUGGAGACGACCCCUUUAUGUGGUCAGGAUGAUUCCUCAAGUAAAAAUACUAGAAAGUCCCGUAAAAAGAAACCAGUGAAUGAAACAGUAGCCUCCAUUGACAGGAACUGUGAAGAUGCAAGGUCCGUAAAUCAGGAGGGCACUCUGCCUGCUUCUGAAUCCUCAUCAGUUGAGGGCUCUUCCCUACAGACGUCAGCAGCGAUGUUGGGUGAUAAUAGUUCAGUUGUUGUCAAAGACACAAGAACUCAGACUGUGACAACUUUUAUUGAGCCAAAGAUUGAGAAGAGUGAAAUUAACAUCAGUGAGCCAUACCAAAGUGUAGCACUUAAUCUCAAAACACAGGUGGACGAUGAGACCAGUACACCAGCUGCUCAGUCAGAGAAAUGCAGCCAGAGUUCCUCUAUUCAGUUUGAAAGUGAGAGAUUUCAAAGGAGCCAGUCCUCUCCAGCCUCUGGAAGUAUUGGAUAUCCUUGCUCUGUCAUAACAUACAGUAGAUCUGUGUCACAGACUUCAAACCCCAAGUCUGAGUCAGUGCCCAGUCCACCAAAUCCCUAUGAAUUCAAAAGUGAACCAUCUGACCUUGAGGAGGGCGCAGACAGUUCACAGGUGCCAGAGAUUGCUCUAAAGGCUGCAGCUAAGGCAAGAAGGCGUACUUCAAGGAAGAAGGAGAAGAGUGAAGAAGCUAACACUCCGUCUGAAACUUUUCAGAAUAAAUCCAACCCUGCGGUGCCAACAAGUGGUCAUGAAUCGUUACCCAAAGAUGAAAAACCCCAUACAGGCCCAAGAAAUGGAGAGAUCCCUCUGACAACUGAAAUGCCUUCAGGGCUUGCUGUUUUGAAGGAGCUUCUACAGAAAAGACAGAGAUUGGGACAGAGCCAAGAAGCUCAAGCUGCCUCACAGACUCCAAACACCACUGCAUCAACUGAUACUGCCACAAAUUCUGAGAACAAGUCAUCAAAAGCGAAGAGGGCCCCAUCCACCACUGUGCGAAAGCCAAGGGCACCAAGAAACCAAACUCCAAAGGAGAAAAAACCAAGGAGCAGGAAAAAUCAAAACUGCAAGCAGGAAAACAUUAAGAUUGAGCCCCCUUUAUCCGAUGGUAGCCCAACUUUCCCAACAGACCAUGGUUUCGACAGCUGCUAUUCAAUAGAGGACAGUUUAUCACCAGAACUCCCUCAUAACUACAACUUUGACAUAAAUGCCAUUAGCCAAACAGACUUUUCCAGUCUCUACUCAGGCAGUCAGUUUGUGGUUGCUGACAAGAUUCUGCCACAAAAGUUCCUGAGUGAUUUCAACCAGGAAGCAAUCUCUGCUCUAAACAUGGGAUUGAAAAGCAUUGAGGAAAGGACACUGUCUGGAGAAGAUCCCAAGCCUGCGCCAGAAUGGCUGAGGUCAGGUCCUACUAGCCCCGACCUCUUUGACAAGACAUCAGGAGAAAAUGGAGAAAUCAUCUCUGGCAAUUUAUCUCUGUCUCUGCUUGAGCCUGAUAGGAGGGGAAAAGACUGGGCAUCAUUGGGGAAGCAUCACAGUCUUAGUCAUUUCCAAGACUUUCACUGUGAAAAAAGAGACUUCCUCUUUGCUCUGGACUCUUUCCUGCCUUUAACCUCAGCUUCGUUUGCAGAAAGUGGUGCUUCCCCAGUGGGUGACCUGGAUGGGAAUGACGCCAUGUCCACGACCACACCCAGCAGCUCUCCACGUUCUGUUAGUUCACUUUCACAGGUGAGGGCUUGCAGCCAGUCCCUUAAGGGUGCUGGAGGAGCCCACAUCCUCAAACCUCUCAUGUCACCCCCAAGCCGAGAGGAAAUCGUCAGCACCCUCCUCAGUCUAGACCUUUCGGAGGCUACCUACCAGGAGCCAUUUUGCAGUGAUCCAUCAGAUGCUCCUCUAAGACCCAGGGAAAUCGGUGGACGCAAACUGACAAUUGAGACCAGACUAGCAAAUGAGCUGAAUGAGUUUAACGGGGAUUUGUCAGUCGAGGGUCUUCAGUUCUGGAAGGCUGCUUUCUCUGCAAUGACCAAACCAGGUUCCUCAUCAACAUAUGGAACUGAGACAUCAGAGGCAACCAAGGACCAGAAAGAACUCAGUCCAUCCUCUGGUGAUCAGAAAGUCAUCCUGCUGCCCUGCAGAAGUGCUCCAAGCCGAGAGCGAGUACAGAUAUGGCUGCAGGCAAAGAAACAGUUUGAACAGCUUCAAAGACAAAGGAGAGCCACUGUUGCUCAAGAGAUAACAGAGUUGACAAGGGAAAGAAAUCAUCAAAUGGUUGAAAGUGUGCCUAGUUGUGGAGCUAAUUCUGAAAAAGACCAAAUCAGGAUUGAGAGGAGCUCCCCGUUGCGGGUUAUCAGGAAAAGAGGUUUAAAUCUGUCCAUCCGUAAAAGCCAGCAUCAUGCAGCAGAGCCUGGGAGCCCCCCCAAGGAGGUGAAAUCAGAGAGGGACACGUACUCAAAGGACGAGGAUGACGAGCAUUAUGACUAUUCUGAACAAUCCAUAUCCCCUGACUCUCCUGUGUUGCCACCAUGGCAACGCACAGUUCUACCAAGCUCUACACCAAGAAAUGAUGACGCAGAGCAAAGGGAAAUCAAACAAGCAUUGUCAUCUCCCAGUCCUGGUGACCUUCAUGAUGAAGAUGGCAUCUCCUCUGAAAACAGGCCCCAGAAAGAGUUUCUCUCUCCUUCUCCAUUACGGAUCAAGUCGAUGGACGAGGACAGUGCCAGUCCUUACCUGCUGCACAGUACACCAGUUACCAGCAGAAGAAGAAGCAAAGCUGAGCCAACAUCCACGUGUACCAGCAGUCCACCCUUGACUGAAGAAAUGGAGCCCCGCUCUCAGAGACUACAGCAGAGGAGAGGAAGCCAUACAGAUGCAUUGAGGAGAGUACUCCUGACCACUCAGAUGAAGAAUCAGUUCACCGCAAUGAAUGUUGUAAAGAAAGACAACUCUCAAAUUGAGGGACCAUCCAUCUGCAACUCUUAUGGCUUCAAGGUCAGCAUGCAGAAUCUGCAGGAGGCCAAAGCGCUCCAUGAGGUGCAGUAUAUGACCUUGAUGUGUAUGGAACUCCAUGCACGGACGCGCCGGGACCUGGAGCCAGACCCCGAGUUCGACCCCAUUUGUGCCUUAUUCUACAGCUUCAGCUCAGACGCCCCCCUGCCUGAGUCGGACAACAUGCAGGUGACCGGUGCCAUCGUGGUGGACAAAGACUGCCACUCCCGGGAGCAAGGUUCAAGAAGUACAGCACCUCUCCUGGUUCGAUCAGGUGUUUCAGGAUUGCAUGUCACUUACGCCUCAGACGAGAAGGAGCUCUUUCAGGAAGUCACCAGUAUCAUUCGGAAAUAUGACCCAGACAUCCUACUCGGCUACGAGGUGCAGAUGCAUUCCUGGGGCUACCUCCUCCAGCGGGCGUCGACACUGGGGGUGGACCUGUGCCAGCAGCUCUCGCGAGUGCCAGAUGAUGCAAAGGAGAACCGCUUCACAGCAGAGAAGGACGAGUAUGGUGCCGACACCAUGACGGAGAUCCACAUUGUUGGGCGCAUUGUCCUCAACCUCUGGAGGGUGAUGAAAACUGAGGCGGCACUGACUAGCUUCAGCUUUGAGAACGUGGCCUUUCAUAUUCUGCACCAGCGCUUUCCCUUUUUCAACCAUCGGACCCUCUCUGACUGGUUUGACCACACCACUGACCUCUACAGAUGGAAGGUGGUGGACCACUAUGUGAGCCGUGUGUGCGGCUGCAUGCAGCUUCUGCAGCAGCAGGACAUCAUCGGCAGGACCAGUGAGCUCGCGCGAGUCUUCGGCAUCCAGUUCUACCACGUGCUGACCAGAGGCUCACAGUAUCGCGUGGAGUCCAUGAUGCUGCGGCUGGCCAAGCCCAUGAACUACAUCCCCGUGACGCCCAGCACGCAGCAGAGGGCCCAGCAGAGGGCGCCGCAGUGCAUCCCGCUGGUCAUGGAGCCCGAGUCGCGCUUCUACAGCAACUCGGUGGUGGUGCUGGACUUCCAGUCCCUCUACCCCUCCAUCGUCAUCGCCUACAACUACUGCUACUCCACCUGCCUCGGACACGUGGAGAGCCUGGGGACACAUGAUGAAGUCAAGUUCGGCUGCACUUCUCUUCGUGUUCCACCCGAUCUGCUCUAUGAGCUCCGCAACGACAUCACAGUCUCUCCCAAUGGCGUUGCUUUUGUAAAGCCCUCCGUGCGUAAGGGUGUGUUGCCCGGCAUGCUGGAGGAGAUCCUGAAGACGCGGAUCAUGGUCAAGCAGUCCAUGAAGGCCAACAAAGGCGACCGCGCCCUCACGCGCCUGCUGCACGCCCGCCAGCUGGGCCUCAAGCUCAUCGCCAACGUCACCUUCGGCUACACGGCCGCCAGCUUCUCGGGCAGGAUGCCCAGCGUUGAGGUGGGCGACAGUAUCGUCCAUAAAGCCCGAGAGACCUUGGAGAGGGCAAUCAAGCUCGUCAAUGACACUAAGAAGUGGGGAGCGCGAGUCGUUUACGGAGAUACAGACAGCAUGUUUGUGCUCCUGAAGGGAGCCACCAAAGAGCAGGCGUUCAAAAUUGGCAAUGAGAUUGCAGACGCAGUGACUGCCACCAACCCAAAACCAGUCAAGCUCAAAUUUGAGAAGGUUUACCUCCCCUGCGUUCUCCAGACUAAGAAGCGCUACGUGGGCUACAUGUAUGAGAGUCUGGACCAGAAGGACCCCGUGCUCGACGCCAAGGGAAUCGAGACGGUUCGCCGAGACGGCUGCCCGGCUGUUGCCAAGAUCCUGGAGCGCUCCAUCAAGCUGCUGUUUGAGACGCGCGACAUCAGCCAGGUGAAGCAGUACGUCCAGCGGCAGUGCGUGAAGAUCCUGGAGGCCAAGGCCAGCAUGCAGGACCUCACCUUCGCCAAGGAGUACCGCGGCAGCAGCUCCUACAGACCUGGGGCCUGUGUACCAGCGCUGGAGCUCACCAGGCGGAUGAUGGCACAUGACCGGCGGCUGGAGCCGCGGGUGGGUGAGCGGGUGCCCUACGUGAUCGUGUACGGCUCGCCCGGCGUGCCCCUCAUCCAGCUGGUGCGGCGCCCCCUGGAGGUGCUGCAGGACCCCGGCCUCCGCCUCAACGCCACCUACUACAUCAGCAAGCAGAUCCUGCCGCCGCUGGCGCGCAUCUUCACCCUCAUCGGCGUGGACGUCUUCGGCUGGUACCAGGAGCUGCCUAGGGUUCAGAAGGCCUGGUGCUCUGCCUCGGCAGGGGGUGCUGGCCGAGAGGAGUCGGGCCGGAAGGGCACCAUCUCCCAGUACUUCACCACGCUGCACUGCCCGGUGUGUGACGAGCUGACCCAGCUGGGCGUGUGCGAGCGCUGCCGCGCCGAGCCGCAGCGCGUGGCCGUCACCCUGCACCAGGAGCUGCGCCUGUGGGAGAGCCAGCAGGACCAGCUGCUCAAGAUUUGCAGGAACUGCAGUGGGAGUGUUGAGCGGCAGGUCCCCUGUGUGUCGCUGGACUGUCCUGUCCUCUACAAGCUGUCCCGGGUCAACCGUCAGCUGUCCAAGGGCCCUUACUUGCGGCAGCUCUUGGAGCAGUUCUGAGCGGCCCAAGUGCAAACACAGCUUCUUUUGGUGCUAAUCGCUGUUUUAAAUCAGUGUUUCAAGCGUCUGUGGACUUUUUGUUUUUGUUUUUUGUUUCGUUGGUGGUGCUUUCAUUUGACUCCUCUGGAGUUCCACUGUGUUUGCGUCAUGUCGACAUGAGUAUUUCUGCACACUCAAACUGGGUAUGGGGUGCCCAUAUGGGGUGAGGGUUUG